AUGGGAUCAGUCGAACGAAUCACAGAGAACCUAGAGAAGCCGGAACUCGAUGACCGGUCUUACCGCAUUGUUCGCCUACCAAAUAGGUUGGAGGCUCUCCUCGUGCAUGACCCUGAUACAGAUAAAGCCAGCGCGGCAUUGAAUGUCAACGCUGGCAAUUUUUCGGACCCGGAUGACUUACCUGGAAUUGGCCAUGCCUUGGAGCACAUGCUAUUCAUGGGAACAGAGAAGUACCCAAAAGAAAAUGCGUAUAAUCAGUACUUGGCAUCGCACUCGGGCUCUUCCAACGCCUAUACCGCUGCAACCGAAACAAACUACUUCUUUGAAGUAUCUGCAACUUCUGCAGGAACUGAUGGCUCGCAUGAUUACAACUCUACCCCCAACGGAUCGUCAAAUGGAACGCCUGCAACUACAGAGACGGGUAGUAGUACUGGGCCGUCGCCUCUGUAUGGCGCCCUGGAUCGUUUUGCACAGUUUUUCGUGUCGCCUCUAUUUUUAGAAUCAACAUUGGACCGCGAACUCCGGGCUGUUGAUUCUGAAAAUAAGAAAAAUCUUCAGAGUGACUUGUGGCGUUUAAUGCAACUAAACAAGUCUCUCUCCAAUCCUGCACACCCAUAUCACCACUUUUCUACUGGCAACCUGCAGACACUGAAGGAGGAGCCUCAGAAACGCGGUGUAGAUGUCCGCAGUGAGUUUAUCAAGUUCUACGAAAAGCACUAUUCCGCCAAUCGAAUGAAAUUGGUAGUGCUUGGACGAGAGAGUUUGGAUGAACUGGAACAGUGGGUAGGGGAGCUGUUCGCUGGAGUAAAGAACAAGGACCUACCUCAAAACCGCUGGGAUGACGUUCAACCCUGGUUACCCGACCACCUAUGUAAGCAAAUAUUUGCCAAGCCAGUCAUGGAUACCCGGUCUAUCGACAUUUACUUCCCAUUUCUGGACGAAGAGUUUCUGUAUGAAUCCCAGCCCAGUCGAUAUAUCAGCCAUUUGAUCGGCCAUGAAGGACCCGGCAGCAUCUUGGCCUUUGUGAAGGCGAAAGGCUGGGCGAAUGGCUUGUCCGCUGGAGUCAUGCCUGUUUGCCCCGGCUCUGCCUUCUUCACCAUCUCCAUUCGAUUGACACAGGAAGGGUUACGUCAGUACCGUGAGGUCACUAAAGUGGUGUUUGAAUAUAUCGCUAUGCUGAAGGAGCGGGAGCCAGAACAGUGGAUCUUUGACGAAUCAAAAAACCUAGCUGAGGUCGAAUUUCGAUUUAAGCAGAAAUCUCCUGCCAGUCGAUUCACGAGUCGAUUAAGCAGCGUGAUGCAGAAACAACUUCCCAGAGAGUGGCUUCUCAGUGGUUCUCUGUUCAGGAAAUUUGACCCUGAUUUAAUCAAGAAGGCACUUUCGUAUUUCCGCGCUGACAACUUUCGGAUGAUUGUUGUCGCCCAAGACUACCCUGGGAAUUGGGACAGUAAGGAGAAGUGGUACGGAACGGAGUACAAGAUUGAAGAUAUUCCUGGUGACUUUAUGUCCGGUAUUCAGCAGGCGCUAGACACUACACCGGACAACAGGCUCCCUGACUUGCAGAUGCCUCAUAAGAACGAGUUCGUCCCCACCAGACUUUCAGUAGAGAAGAAAGAAGUGUUGGAGUGCGCGAGGACCCCGAAACUCAUUCGUCACGAUGACCACGUCCGUCUCUGGUUUAAGAAGGAUGACCGUUUCUGGGUUCCUAAGGCUACAGUUCACAUUACACUCCGGAAUCCUCUGGUUUGGACCACACCCGCAAACUUGGUGAAAUCAAAAUUUUACUGUGAGCUUGUCAGAGAUGCUCUUGUUGAGUAUUCCUACGAUGCUGAGCUUGCAGGCUUGGAUUAUCAUCUUUCCGCCAGCAUCUUUGGUCUAGAUAUCUCGGUCGGAGGUUACAAUGACAAAAUGUCCGUGCUUUUGGAAAAGGUCCUUACAAGCAUGCGCGAUUUGGUGAUUAACCCUGGUCGGUUUCAUGUCAUCAAAGAGCGCCUUUCUCGGGCAUAUAAAAAUGCCGAGUAUCAGCAGCCAUUCUAUCAGGUCGGCGAUUAUACCCGCUAUCUGACUGCGGAGAAGACAUGGAUCAACGAACAAUACGCAGCUGAGCUGGAACACAUCGAGGUCGAGGAUAUCUCAUGCUUCUUUCCCCAGUUGCUACGCCAGAAUCACAUCGAAAUAUUGGCCCAUGGUAACCUAUACAAAGAGGAUGCAUUGCGCAUGACUGACUCCGUAGAGAGUAUUCUUCAAAGUCGUCCCCUACCCCAAUCCCAGUGGCACGUGAGGCGCAACAUGGUCAUUCCUCCGGGAUCCAACUAUAUCUAUGAGCGGGUGCUGAAGGAUCCAGAGAAUGUCAACCAUUGUAUAGAGUAUUACCUUUUUGUUGGGGAUAUCACGGACCAGGCUCUCCGGGCGAAACUUCUCCUAUUUGCCCAGAUGACGGAUGAGCCAGCGUUUGACCAACUUCGGAGCAAAGAGCAGCUGGGGUAUGUCGUUUGGAGCGGCGCACGUUAUUCUGCGACGACCGUUGGCUAUCGUGUUAUUAUUCAGAGCGAACGCACUGCUCAAUAUUUGGAGUCACGGAUUGAUUCCUUCUUGAGGAACUUUGGGCAGGUCCUAGAGGAUAUGUCGGACGAAGAAUUCGAAGGCCACAAACGAAGCAUUGUCAACAAAAGACUCGAGAAACUAAAGAACCUCAGCUCCGAGACCACCCGGUUCUGGACUCACAUUGGUUCCGAAUAUUUUGACUUCUUGCAGAACGAGUGUGAUGCGGCCGGUGUGAAAGCUCUGGCCAAGUCCGAGCUCAUUCAGUUUUAUCAGCACUAUAUUGACCCGGACUCUUCUACGCGAGGCAAGGUCUCAAUCCAUCUGAACGCUCAAUCCGGUGCUCAGGCCAAUAGUGCCGAACCCAAGGAGCAGAAGUCGCGGCUGAUCUCACUUUUUGGCAAGCAGUUGGAGACUGCAGGAUUUGCAGUAGACAUGGAUCAAUUGAACUCUGCAUUCGCGAAGCUCGACGUGUCAUCCAGCUCCGAAGACCAGAUUUUAGACACCCUCAAGACAUUCUUGGCGUCUGAAAUGAGCUUGUCCGAUCAGCAAACGAAACCCAUUCUCACGCAUGCUGAGCAAAGUUUGGGCUUGCAUUCAAAGCAACUUGGGCUUAAACCCACAACCAACGGGGAAUCCGCCGGAAGUACGAAGUCUUUGCCAGUGACAAAUGGCCUGGACAAGGCCGGGCACCCGAUCUAUAUAACCAACGUUCCCGAAUUCAAGGCACGCCUUGCAGUCAGCGCUGGCCCCAGCCCAGUCACAGACCUCAGUGAAUAUGAGGACUUCGACGCCAAGCUUUGA